AAAAUGUGAGGUUUCAAAGCAACAACAACCAGAUAAAAACGUAACGAACAAUUCCACAUUUCAAUCCCGACUCAGUUCACUUGAAAUCCCGGUUUGGCGGCGGAUCCGUCGGGUAUGAUGUCCUCGCCCAUCUCAUCUCCGGGAAAGCCGCCUUCCCCUUGCUCGGCACAGUCUUCACCCGCCCAUUGGUUUGAGCACGAGAUUUUCCGUCCGCGAAUCACCAACUCUAUAAUCCGGCACGCCUUGUUGACCGCGUUCCUUAUUCUGGUCUGUCACGCCUUUUUCAAUGCGGCAUUAUUAUUGCAUCCCUUGACGUGGAUGUCCACCACUUUGGGCGGGCUAUUUGGGCCGAGUUCGUGGUUGUAUUUGGCACUGGUCUUGGGUUCGACCGUGUUGUUGGGCUGGCUGGUCCAUCGCCAUGUGUCGACGGUACCAUUUGUGCCACAAAGCGCCCUAAGUGUCUUGUGGGGCGUAGUAGAAGUGCCCGUUCUAUUGUCCUUGGGAGCUCACUUAACCUUGGGCGCCUUACUCACCCGGAGCUUAAUGGGCAUCUGGGGCGGCAGUUAUGGCGUGCUCACUCAACCCUGUUUGGAUGGCAGUGAAUUUCGGUGCAUCGACGAGUCGCACAUUCUAUUGGUCCAAUCUGGAGCAUUCAUGGGUGGAUUCUUAUGGUUCGGCUUUCAUUUUCGGAACGGCAACCUCCUGCACUUUCCUCCCAUUCGUCAACACGGCUCUUCCCAACUGCGGUCGCGCUUAGCUGGCAUUUUUCAAGCCUCUUUCAUUGAGGUUAUCUUGAACAUGCGUUGGUUUUGUUUCUUCUACAUCGUCUAUGGCCAUCGAUUGGCGGUCACGGUGUCUCAACUGUCUCGAUUGAGCCUCUUGAACGGCGAGGAAAGCGUGUUUCGCUACCUUUGGCAUCAAAUGGUCGUGUUAGCUCACGCCAUCUUCUUGGACACGUUUGUGGUUGCCGCCAUUAAGUUAGGAAUCGAGAUCCACAAUAUCUCGCUCAUGAAACCCGUCAUGUUCCCGGUCGAUCCCAAUCAAGCACCGAGUUUAGUCACGGCCAUGAAAAGCAAGAACCCGUCUUUGAUGAAAUAUUUGGCUUACAUGGAUUUCAAGAACCUUUCGACAUUUAAAUCGGCGCGACGACAACAGCUAUUUGAACUCAGCCAACCAGGUGGUCAUCCACGAAAAUGGACCCAAGUCAGUCAAGCUUGUGUGAGCGAAAUUGAGGAGUUUAUGGGAACGCUCCAAAAUGCUGCCCAAGUCGUUAGUUCCAGUGCCACAAAUGCUCAAACCAAAGAAUCAGUGGCGCCCAUCUCCAGCAAUCUUCGAUACCGUUUCCACGGAGGAGGUGCAGACAACAAAGAGAGCAAAGCCAAUGGUGUGGGCGUGUCCUCAGACAAAAGCCUAAAGAAAAUCACCAACCUUUGGGACAAGCUGGUUCAGCGCUUCUCCAAAAACAAGUUGUUCACGGCCAAUCCAGAGCUGAGCCUUCGGAAUGCUUUUGCUCAAUGUCAAAUUGUCAUCUGGGCCAUCGAGGGCUUGUCUCAAAUGAUUGCGGCCUCAGUUUUGGAGGACGACUUCGGAGUAGUCCAAAGGAAUCUCUCCGAAAUCCUCACGCUACUGCUAAACCUACAGCAGACUGUGGAAAGGUACAAGGGCCUCUCGGUGAGUUGCAAGCAAGCGCCCGCCAACAAAAUCAGAGACAUCCAACUGAAACAGGAGCUUCGCUCAGCCGUCAAAACCUCAAUCUACCGGAUUACCAAUGCUUUUGGAUCGCAUGUCUCGGCCAUCUCCGUUCCAGCAGAGUUUCAACAAAAAUUGGACAACUAUACCCGCUUCCAAGAAUGAAGUGUUAAUCCUACGUGAACCACCAAUUACAAUCAUCGUCGUGAACGCUCUAGUUUCUUUAUUGAAAGGUCGAGUCGCUGAAUACAUUCGGGAAUACCCAGGA